UUAAACAUGGGUUUAACGAAACAAUAUUUGAGAUACAUAGCAGCUGGGAAUUUAAAUGUAAUAGUUAGUCCUUCUUGUAAUGUUGUUUUUGUAACAUUAGAAGGACAAGAAGGUAGGUUUGUGGCAGUUGGAGCAUGUGAACAUGUUUUCAUAUGGGAUUUACGUUUAGGAGAAAAGGCCCAAGUAUUGUCAGGAGAUAAAGUGAAUGUAACAUGUUUAGCUGCAUCUCCAAAUCAGCGACAUAUAGCAGUUGGUUAUGCAGAUGGUACUGUGAAGACAUUUGAUUUAAGAUCAGGUGAAAAUAUAAGUGUAUUUGUUGGUCAUCGGUCUGAGAUUACAACUCUGGUAUACGAUAAACAAGGACAUAGAUUAGCUUCUGGUGCAAAAGAUACAGAUAUUAUUGUUUGGGACGUAGUAGCAGAAACAGGAAUAUGUCGAUUAAAUGGUCAUAAAGGUGUAAUAACUAAAUUAGCAUUUAUGAAAGAGCACAAUAUUAUCAUCAGUGCUAGUAAAGAUACUUUUGUAAAAUUUUGGGAUUUAAAUACAGAACAUAAUUUCAGAACACUUGUUAAUCACAGAACAGAGGUAUGGUCUUUGGCAUUAGCUAAAAAUGAUCAGUAUUUAAUUACUGGUUGUAAGGAUAAUGAAUUACAAGUGUGGAAAAUAUAUUUCACUGAUGGUGCAACUGUAGACUUUGAAACAAAUUUGCAAAAUUUAACUAUUACUAAUGAUGCAGAAGUCAGCGACCUGAAAUAUCCUCUGAAAUGUGAAAAGGCUGGGAGUAUAUUGAGAAGUGGUCGUGGACGAGUUGUAUCCCUCGAGGUUGAUACAACACAAACUAUCAUUGGAUGCCAUGGUUUAGAUAAUACUAUAGAAUUAUUUAAAUUAUUACCCGAUACCAAAGUAAAAGAAAAUGUGGUCAAACGAUUACGAAAAGAAAGAAAAAAAGCAGUAAAAAGUGGAGAUAAUAAUGAAGCAGAUUUAUCAGGUGUACCAACAAUAAAAGAUGAAAUUGUUCGCUUACCUGUGGUUAAAGUGUCUGCUAAGGCUAAAGGAUUAAAUAUGAUAAUGGGUAAAGGAGGUGAACUCAGAGUAUGCAUUGCAUUAAAUAAUAAUUCCAUUGACUUGUAUUCUCUAUUUACACAAGAAAAAGAUGCUGAAAUAAGACAUCUAAGGUCCAUAACAAAACAUGGUCACCGUACUGAUGUUCGUACACUUUGUUUUAGUUCAGAUAAUUUAGCUUUUGCAACAGCAAGUGGAGAUUCUGUGAAACUGUGGAAUAGACCAACUUUAGCAUGUAUACGUACUGUGGAAUGCGGGUAUGCGUUAACAGCAACAUUUGUACCAGGAGAUAGACAUUUAAUAGUAGGUUUAAAAGAUGGGAAAAUGUUAAUUAUCGAUAUUGCAUCAGGUGAUAUAUUAGAAGAAGUACCUGCACAUGCCAAAGAAAUUUGGAGCAUUACACUACUUCCUGAUAGGAAAGGAGUAGUAAGUGGUGGAGGAGAUCAAACAGUUAAAUUUUGGAAUUUUGAAUUAAUUCAAGAUCCUGACAGUGAAAUAAAGGCAAAAGUGUUAUCUGUUUUACAUAUGAGAACUUUAACACUUGAAGAUAGUGUUUUAUGCGUAAGGGUAAGCCCUAACAACAGAUUUGUUGCAGUCGCACUGCUUGAUUCCACUGUAAAAAUAUUUUUCCUUGACACUUUUAAGUUCUUCAUUUCGCUUUACGGACAUAAAUUACCAGUCUUGUGUAUGGACAUAUCCAGUGACUCAACACUUAUUGCUACUGGUUCUGCUGACAGAAAUAUCAAAAUUUGGGGUUUAGACUUCGGGGACUGUCACAAAUCAAUAUUUGCACAUGAUGAUUCUGUAACAGGGCUUUCUUUUGUUCCUGGGACUCAUUACAUUUUUACGUGUGGAAAAGAUGGAAAAGUAAAACAAUGGGAUGCCGACAUUUUCCAAAAAAUUGUAACAUUGCAGGGACACUCAGGUGAAGCAUGGAACUGUGCUGUUUCAUCGAAUGGUAUCUACAUUAUAUCAUGUGGAUCUGAUAAAGUCGUUAGGAUGUAUGAACGAACUUCAGAGCCUUUAGUUUUACAAGAUGAAGAAGAAGAAGAAAGGGAACGUCAAGAAAACGAGUUAGCUACUGGUGAAACUACUGUUGUUCCAGGACAAAAGCAACAAUCUUUACCUUCCAGGAAGACGGUCUCUAGCGAGAAGGGGGCUGAAUUAUUAUUAGAAUGUUUAGAAGUAUCUAAAACAUAUAGUGAACAAGUAUCGAAAGCAGCAGCAUUGAAUGCAACAUCUGUUGUUCCUUUAGAAAUGCAGGCUUACAAUUGUACAACUGUGGAAGAUUACUUAUUGGAAACAGUUAAACGAAUCAGAGCAAGUGAUUUGGAAGAGACAUUGUUAUUACUGCCAUAUUCAGCAGCUUGUGACAUUCUUAAAAUGCUACCCAAGCUAUUGGAAUCGGAUCAUCAUACAGAAUUAAUAGCAAGAUUAACAUUGUGUUUAGUACAAACACAUCAUGGUCCAAUUACUUCUAACCAAGAACUUCUACAUACAUUAGAGACUGUACAGACAUUAGCCAUCAAAAAAGUUUCCGAACUAAAAGAUAUGGUUGGAUUCAACCUACAUGGAAUGUUACAUAUGCAACGUCUUAUGGAAGAAAAGGAAGGAAUUCAACUUUUUAAAGAUGCAACUAAAAGCAGUAAACAUAGAAAUAAAGCAAGAAGAAAUAAGGAAAAAGCAGUAAAAAGAGCGAUCAUGUCUUUAUAA